AUGUCAGCAGUUUAUUCAUCGUAUCCACUUUUAUAUCCACUACGUUGGGGUCACAAUAGUACUGUUCGUCAGAUAACAGGGUCUAGUUCCGUUAGUUUGGUGUUGAAGGAUUCACAGACAAAAACCAAUUUCCAAACGUUUAUUUCUCAAAAUAUUCCUUCUCUAGCUGAUGGGUCUCAAUUUAAGUUAAAGUCCAUUCUAUUCACUGGGUACUUACAAACUCUGUAUUUGGCUGUUGCUGAUUUUAGUAAAGCAUUUCCAGUGUUUUAUGGAAGAGAAAUUAGAACCUUUUCGGAUGAUGGUAUUGCAUCUAUCGAUUGGGUAAUGAACUCAAGAUGGGAUGGAAUUUACGGCAUGGACGUUAAAACCGGUAACUACAAUAAAAACAAGUUUGCUGAGGAUGAAGCAAACACUCAUGCUGGAAAUUGGCCUCCUCUACAUCCACGUACCAGAUUUUUAACCAAUUCCGAAUUCACAGAGAUCCAAAAAGAUGAAAGACCGUUAGUUUUAGUGUUGCACGGGUUGGCUGGUGGUUCGCAUGAACCUAUUAUCCGUUCACUAACCUUUGACCUCUCAAGAGUGAGUGAUGGGAAGUUCAAUGUUGCUGUAUUGAAUUGUCGUGGCUGUUCCCGUUCAAAGAUAUCCAAUCGUAAACUAUUCACCGGUUUAUUCAUCGAUGAUAUCAAGGAAUUUAUUGCAGUUGAGAAGAAGAAACAGCCAAACAGAAAAAUAUACGCUGUUGGGUUUUCUUUUGGUGCUACGCAAUUAGCAAAUUAUGUUGGUGGAGUUGACGCCGAAAACACUGGUUUAGAGUCAGUUGUGUUUUUAUCAAACCCAUGGGAUAUGGUUGAAUCAGCAAUCAAGAUAAGAGAUGAUUGGUGGAGUCAUAAUUUAUUUUCUAAAAACCUAGGUCAAUUCUUGUUCAAGUUAGUCAAAUCAAAUUUCAAGGAGUUAGAAGUACCAAAUGGAUCUAAACCAGAACACGAACCAUCUGUUGAGCAUCCUGAUUACUACUCUUUUACUCCAGAAAACCUAGAGAAAGGCAGUCGCAUCCAAAGUACAAUUGAAUUUGACAAUUUAUUUACUGCUAAGUCUUUAGGAUUAGAUGACGCAUUUUCAUAUUACGCAAUUGCAAGUAGUUAUCAAAGAGUUAAAAACUUCGAAAUCCCAUCUUUAGUUAUCGGAUCCCAUGACGAUCCAGUUACUGGCGCCUUAUCAUUAUUAGAGUCAGUUUUCACUGAGAAUCCAAACGUUGUUGUCUGUGAAACAGAUCUGGGUGGCCAUUUAGCUUAUCUAGAUGACAACAACAACUCAUGGGCCACUCGCCAAAUAGCCAACUAUUUCGACAAAUUUGAAGAGUUGGUACAAUAG